AUGUACGGACGAGCUCCAAGAGUGACCUUCAUGACAACAAGCGGCACUUCUGACGUUACAGUUGGCCCCGGCUCGUACGAUGUCACCCAGUGCACUUCUAACAUAUCAGAUGGUUAUGCUCCAUUCCUGAGCUUAACAAACAGAGAGUCAAUAUUCAAUCAGUCCAUUGAGAGGAUACCAGGACCUGGACAGUAUGACUUUUCUCCUGUCAAGCUAAACAUCCACGGUGGCCGCAGUCUUCAGAACCGCUCAAAGCGUUUUGAAGCGGUAGUGUCGACGGUUCCUGGCCCCGGGGCGUACAAUGUGCUGCCCGCCUCAGGAAACACGCUCAGGGUCAUGACGACUGAAAAGCCUGGCAGGAAUAUGUGGCUGCAGGCUAAAAGUCUCCAGCUUGUUCGUCAGUCAGAUAUCCCAUCCAUUCCUUCCCCGGGCCAGGCCUAUGGCUACGAGGAGGACGCCCUGGGUCUGCUCCUUAAGCAGCCACCCCCUCCCAGGGACACCACCCUCGGGCCAGCCUACUACAAUCCACUGCUGUCAGAGAAGAUUUCCGCACAGAUGUAUAGAGGAGUCCACUUUGGCAACAUGACAGGGAAGAGAAGCAAGGUGACAGUGGAGGAGGGACCGGGUCCAGGACAGUAUUACCCUGAGAUAAACCUACAACUGCACUAUGAGCAUGUGAACCUUCAGAAGGAGCAGAAAGGCAGAGCUGAGCUUAUCAUCCCUCGCUACCACGAGCUGGUGCCCAAACAAGAGGAAAAGAAGGGAGUUCCUGGUCCGGGCCAGUACCACAUCAGAAGUCAGUUUGAGAAGCCUGUGAAGUCCAGCGGUAACCUGCCUGAGGUUAUUUGCCCCUUCCUCUCUCAGGCGGAGAGGUUUAGCCCUGCGAAAGAAGUUUCGCCCCCUGUUGGUUUAUAUAAUGAUUCACGCUGUGCCCUGGAGCUGCUGAAGAGGACCACAGGAGUGAAGAAAAGCCCAUUUGGCAUCACCGCAGUGCGCUUCACUCGUAACCACAAAACAUGCUCCACACCAGGUCCAGGAUCCUAUAAUGUGUUUGAGCAUGGUUUAGCCCGUGAGAGCCUCAAAAAAGCAGAUUUAGAGAGAACCAAGAAGGGAGGCUUCGGCUCCAAUGCUCAGCGCAUCUCCUUCUUCCACAACAAGGAAUCGACAGAAGUCCCGAGUCCAGGACAGUAUGAGACAGAAAAGAAGACAGAGGAGGAUUACAAAAAGAAACACACAGCGGUUUUCAAAUCAGCCACAGAACGUCUGGCACUGCUGGCUAAAGAUUCCCCUCCACCAAACAGUUACAAUGUGAUUCAGACAUUUGAGAAGGCUAAUGGCCGCUCUUACUCAGAACCACGAAAUGAAGGAGCUAAGAGACGACAGAGCUGCUUCCUCUCGGCUGCACCACGGGAUAGUUUCUUCCUGCAAUGUGACCCCACUGUACCAGGACCUGGCCAGUACAACCCCAGUUUGAAAUCCUUCCCUCAAAUGGCUCUGAUCUCCUCCAGAGAAGAUCGAUUCAAAGUCUCCAUGGACACCAACCCUGGACCAGGCGCUUAUCAGUUUAGUCCCGGCAUCACGAACACAUUACUGAAGGGCACCUUCAACGUGACGCUCGACAACCCUCUGGGUCCCUGCUGUUCCCCCCGUGUGGCCCCUGGCCCUUUAACGGCCCACAAGACCAAUAACACUGUCACGUCCAAAACCUUCAUCGUCACCAGCACUUCUUAGAGCCCUUUGUGGGUCAAAUCUGGAGGUGAAAGUUGAGUCGGGCAGCAGUUUGGUGGAAGAUGACUGCUCUUUCUUCAGUGUCGCAAAGUGAAAUACCUACAAUGGACCCUGCAUCUACAGCUGAUGGUUACCUCAUUCUUUACGCACAGUAAUGACAAGCUUGACACACUGAUUC